AAGGUUCAGUGGCAUGAGUUUACCUAAUGCCUGGGUAAUUGAGAAUACUAUGCGAGUAUUCAGUCAUUGUCUUUUCCUACCUUUUUUUCUCUCUUCUAGGUACUCAAUACAUUAUUAAUUUCAACCACUCUUUCACCCUCAUACACAAUAGACAAAGUCAUAGUCGAUACCCUCAUCAUUUCAUUAUUACCUGAUAACACAUAACAUAAUACGAUCCAUAACCCUGCAACCCCACCACCGCCUAAUUGAUAAACCAUCCACCAAGACCAUCGUCAGACUACGUCACAUUCAUGAUUUCACCUUACAACUCACCCUACCCUACCUUAACUUGCCUACCCUCCGAAAAAGAAGUGGUAGGUAGGUUGAUCGAGAGUUAAAUCCACUUCUCCAACUCCGAGUUACCGCCUAGGUACUGCUAGCUGGCACUAUAUCUCCUUGCUGCAGUCACCAACCUCUAUACCGCUAGAUCGACGCACACGACCACGAUCACGCGCGCCACCCCGCGAGACCUUACCCCGUCCAAUUUCAUCCAACUACAGCCGAUCAUGAGUAGUAGCCGACAGGACAACAACCUAAUAGACUUCUCGCCGCCCUCCUCCGGCAUCUCUACCCCCGUCAGCCGCCUCUCCCAAUCCUAUCCGCAACCUCACCCGCAACCGCGAUCCCCUCCCCCACAUAGCUCGAACAACGGUGGCGGAAGUGGCGGUAGUUACAUCGGGUCUGCCGUCCUCGGCCUCUGGCGUCGCUUCUCCGCGGCAGACACGCCCGGCUCACCUCCGCAUAGCUCGCAGUUCUAUCACGCGACGUCGGAACCGGCCUCCAUAGCGGGUGACGGGAUUAACGGUCCCUUCAUACCUCCUUCGAGGCCGCCAGGACGUUCCGCGUCGCCGCGCGGGCUCCCGUCUCUUGAGCCCUUGAACUUGCGCGGGUACCGAGCUGACACUGAAGCGGACGAGCGAUUGCUCGCGCGAGGCGUGGCGGAGGAGAUCCGGACCUUCCUACCGGAGCGGUUGAAGAUCGCUGAUGAUUGGAGGCUAGUGUAUAGCUUGUACCAGGAUGGCAGUUCGUUAUCGACGCUGUAUAAGCUGUGCGAGGAGUAUCGCGGGCGGAGGGUAGGGUUUGUGCUUGUCGUGAGGGAUGGAAAGGAUGGGACAUUCGGCGCAUAUCUAACAGAAGCACCACACCCGGCCGCCUCAUACUACGGAACGGGGGAAUGCUUCCUCUGGCGAGCUAGUAUUCAUGCCCCCUUACCACCUCCCCCCUCCGCCGAUACCACGAACAUAAACUUCCGAACUAUGACAAUAGCAUCGCCUACGACCUCCUCCAUCCCCUCUAGCGAUGCCCAAUCCGCGAGCCAACAACAGCAAUCCCUAGCCCCCGGCCGAACCGACCCCAGCACCAAUAAACUAGCGCAACCGACAGCUCAAAGCAUCCGAUUCCAGAACUUCGCGUACACGGGCGCCAACGACUAUUGCAUCUUCUGCGAGACCAAGUUCCUCUCCGUAGGCGGAGGUGGUGGAGGGACCUACGGUUUAUGGUUGAACGAUGGACUGAGCAGGGGCCAUAGCGCGCCGUGCGAUACUUUCUCGAAUCAACCCCUCAGCGACGAGGGCGAGAAGUUCGAUGUGCUGGGGGUCGAGCUCUGGGUUGUAGGGAGCGGAUAGGAGUUGGCCAUAAUGCUUUUUGGAUCAGAUAGGUUUUUGGUUAGGUUUGGGGUGGGUAGGUAUGUAUUGACUGAUGAUUUGUAAGAAUGAGAGGCACGUGUCUAUAUGGAGAUCAUGGCGGUUCGUCAAGUCGUUCUCGACUAGGCUCGAUAAGCCGGACGGACGGACUACUUCUACUAAUCUGAUGCAUGGAUGGAAUCUCAUAGCAGCCCAGUUGAAUCCCGAUCAACUGCUUGUAUGGCGUGAGAAUGACUUAAUACGAGGAUGGCAAUCUGGGUUAACCGCCAAUAUCAUAUCUCAGCUUCGAUGAACUGGUGCUCAGGGCGCUUAUAAGGCAUGUUCUAAUUAUUAGCGGAGGGGUGGCAUAACUAGCACCUGUCACUUAAUAUUCAUAGCAACAGCACGGUCUAUAGCUUCUCCAUUAGAAGAGAAGGCAGAGCGAAGGGGAAAUAUAUAGCCGCGAAGCUGGCCUACUCUCCUAACUUAGCUCAAUUAGGGGAUUAAUGGAUCAAGUUCCUCGCUCAGACGUUAUUCUUGUUUUACGUCAAGUCACGCUAUCGGAAACAAGUUACAUGUGAAAAUCUAGAUCAGACUGAG